CCAGUGAGUGAAGAGAGCUUAUUAUCCAGAAAAGGAAAAGCAAGUAUGUGUUCCUCUGUAUCAACUGCGAAUGUCUUUGAAACUGGAAACUACACCAUACUUGUUCACAAGGUUGAAUCAAGUCCAUGCAACAGGAGUACUAAGUCAAGGUCUUCACCUCCUCCAAAGCCACUAUUGAUUGCGAUGCCCACUGAAGCAGGGGAAUACCCGGUUCUUAUUUUCCUCCAUGGGUAUCUUCUCUACAAUUCUUUCUACUCUCAGCUUAUUCAACAUGUUGCCUCUCAUGGGUUCAUUGUCAUUGCUCCUCAGUUAUAUGCAGUGGCUGGACCAGAUACGACGGAUGAGAUAAAAUCUACAGCUGCUAUAACAAAUUGGUUAUCGGAAGGACUAAUCGAAUUGCUCCCGUCCCAUGUUAAGCCGAAUCUAAGCAAGUUAGGACUCGCUGGCCAUAGUCGUGGAGGCAAGACAGCUUUUGCGCUCAUUCUCCAAAAAAUAGAGACUGCGCUGAAGCUUAAAUUCUCGGCCUUGAUAGGUGUAGACCCAGUUGAUGGAAUGGACAAAGGGAAACAAACCCCUCCUCCGGUACUCACUUACAUCCCUCAUUCGUUUGAUCUUAAAAUGCCAGUAAUGGUCAUUGGUUCAGGCUUAGGUGAAGUGAAGAAGAAUCCUUUGUUUCCAGCUUGCGCUCCUAGAGGUGUUAACCACGAAGAUUUCUUUAAAGAAUGUCGAAAACCAGCUUGUUAUUUUGUCGUUAAGGAUUAUGGUCAUCUCGACAUGCUAGAUGAUGAAACUGAGGGGAUUAGAGGCAAAACUACUUAUUGUUUGUGCAAGAAUGGUAAGGCUAGGGAGCCAAUGAGGAGGUUUGUUGGAGGAAUUGUGGUUGCGUUUAUGAAAGCUUACUUGCAAGGCGACGACAGUGACUUCGUAGCGAUUAGAGAUGGGCAUGGAGGUGCCCCGGUUGAACUUCAAACCAUCCAAUGUGUCGCGUGAAAUCGAAUAGUUUGAUUUGAAGCCUCAUCUUGCUAGUUAAUAUGAAAUUGGUGGUACUUGUUGAGUGUAUUGACUAAUACAGUUUCUCUAGCAAUGUUUCUGUAUAUGCUAGUAAGUUGAGAUGGAUAAUCUGAGUCAAAUGAAAAUGAAAAUUUGAGAACUCAAUUAAAGAAAUUAACAUUUGGGUUUAUAUUUAUGAUUUGUAAGAAUUGGUGAAG